UGUUGUUAGCCUUGUGGUUAGUUGUUGUAUGGGGCGCUGUCACUUUGGGUGUUCAAGAUCAACCAGAAUAGUUUUUUCUGAAUCGAUUGCUUGAAAUAUUGAUUGGUGUGAUGAAUUUUCGCGUAAAUAUUAAUAUUUGUCGUGUUUGUAUGAAGACGAAUGAUGGCACAUCACUCCUGGAGAAUAAGGAAUUGGGCGAGAUGUUUGUGUUUACAACGGGCUUGAAGCUGAACGGGAGUGAUGACAUGCCCGCCCUAAUAUGUAGCAAAUGCUCAAAGCGUCUCCACAUAGCCAAUGAUUUUGUAAAGUUGGCUCAUGAGACAGAGAAAAAUUUGAAAGCAUUUCUUUCGAAGAUUAGUAAAGAUUUUCAAUUGGUUACAAACAACAUUUCUGAUAAAAGUAAAAUCAACGAAGACGACGAAGAUGACGAUUUGUUGUCAGCGAUUCUUGAAGAUGAAAGUAUCGAUAAAACACCCGAAGAAUCAAAACAGACCCCCUCAAAGUGUGUGCUUGUGCAAAAGACUAACGGUGCUGUUUGCGCUUCCCAGGUAUCCAGUAACAGAAAAAUAACUAUCAGGGAUAAGUCAAAAAAUGAGAUGCAAGAAAGUCAACUGCUAACAGAAUUAAAGAAUGCAAAACGCGCUGCUGGAGAUAUGUCACCCGAGAGCGGCGUAGAUAUGGACAGUAACUUGAUGGGAGUAAACGCUAAAACAGUAGAUACAAAUAUUGGCAUACAACAGUUUAAGUUAUACAAACCCGAUGUGCAAAUGAAAAUAGAGUCACAGGAGGUGGGGAACACAUCAAAUUUGAAUAUUAAAUGCAGCAUAGAUUUCAGUGGAGUCGGGAAUGGGCAGACUGCUGCGAAUGAUGAACUUCAAAAUGAAGAUUCUCCAAGUCAUGAAAUACAAAUUCUUGACUACACCGAUGAAGAAUCUCAAACAGAAUUGGAAAUUUUAGAAGAGAAUCUACAGCCAAGUGACGAUACACGCAGUUGUUCCGGUGCAGUGGAAGAGCAAGCGGCUAGAAGUGAUGGUUUUUUCAAGGAAUAUCAAGCGAUGCUACAGGAGGGUGACGAGUACUUAGAAGAUAACAGUUCAGAGCAUAGCAAAGCGACAACAUCCAAUGACUUACAUUUGGAUGAUGACACUGACGAAUUAUCGGACAAUGGAUAUCUCGCUGUGAAAAACGUUGAGGAGGCGCACAUUGAUGAAGAACAUCUUGUCGAUUCGCCAUCACAUACGCAGCCAGUAACUGAAAAUAUUACAAUCGCUGAAAAGGAAGUUAAGCUCAAACCGCGCAAAACUCAAAGUAGAACAAAUGGCCGUGGUGCAAGUUCCAGGUCAGCGAAACAAGAUGACGGAUUAAGUAGUUCAAAGCGCUUCCUCUGUUUUAAAUGUAAUCGCGACUUUAGCACCAAAACCAAUCUUACACGGCAUAUGGCAACACAUGAAGGCAAUCGGCCAUUUCAGUGCAAUGUGUGCAAUAAGAGUUUCACGCAGAAUGUAUCACUCAAACAGCACAUGUACACGCACACUGGUGAGAAGCCAUACCGGUGCGAGGUUUGUAAUCGUGGCUUUACGCAAUGCAAGAGCCUGGUGUUCCACAUUCGUAGGCACACCGGAGAAAAACCGUUUCCUUGUGAAAAAUGCGGAGCACUCUUUAGACAAAAGGAUGGUCUAAAGACUCAUAUACUUAAAAGGCAUACGAUCAAGUCACAAGAUGAGCUAACUACAUGCGCCAUCUGUAAGGAGUUGCUGCCUGACAACACCGUUCAAGAACACAUGAAAAAACAUCUCAAUGACUAUGUGCGUGUUGACUCGGUAAUGUCAUGCGCGAACCGUGAGGCAAAUACAGACGACGAUUCGGAUAUGCUACUCGAGUAUAUAGACGAUGACCCACUACAUGAAAAAUCAACCGUCUUUGUAGGAGGCGAUUCUGUGCCAGAGAGUGCAGAUGAUAUAGGUUCAGCAGCGCAUGUGGUAGAUUUAAUGACAACGUCGGCGUUGGAACCAAGUCGUGCCAAGAAAUACCAGUGCCGCAAAUGCUUCAAAUGCUUUGCCAUCAAAAAAAAUCUUAUUCGCCAUUUAACAACCCACAACGUACCAGUUAGUUUGGAUAUGGGAGGCAGCGACGAGUUACGUGCCCCUACGUCGAAGGAGGCCGAUACCCCUGAAGAAGUCUAUCAGUGCGAACUAUGUGAAUUGAUGUUCGCCAGCGCAGAAGAAAUGCGUAAGCACAGUAAUUUAGAUCACACUUUUAAAUGCCAUGAAUGUCCACAACUGCAAUUCACAUCACGUCGGCUACUCUCCGAGCACAUGAUGAAGCAUGGAUUAAGUGGCAUUCAGUAAUGUAUGCGCAACAAUACGAAGAAGAGUGAUUAAGUAUUUAUAAAAAAAAAAUC